CCCAGUGACCCCGGACGCUGCUUUUUUUUCUUCUUGUACCCCUCCCUUUUUUUUUCCUAUACAUUACAUUCAGACAAAAUCCUUCAUCAGCGAAUCUUUGCGAAAAAAAUCUUCACAAUCUACAUUCACAAUUCCGCAAAAUCUCUUCUAAUUUUGGCAAAAGUUUCCUAUGGCUUCCACAAGUUCUACUUCUACUUUCAUCCCACAAUGGAAUUAUGAUGUUUUCUUGAGUUUUAGAGGCGAAGACACCCGAUUCAAUUUCACUGAUCACUUGUAUGCAAAUUUGAUUCGAAGAGGUAUUCAUACCUUUAGAGAUGAUUCACUUAAGAGAGGGGAAGAGAUUGCACCUGAACUCCUUAAAGCUAUUGAAGAAUCAAGGUUUUCCCUUGUAGUUUUCUCGGAAAACUAUGCUCGUUCAAGAUGGUGUUUAGAUGAGCUGUUGAAGAUCAUGAAGUGCAGGAAAGAAAUGAAACAAACUGUGGUACCGAUUUUCUACCAUGUGGAUCCAUCCCAUGUACGGCACCAGACAGAAGGGUUUGGAGAGGCAUUUUCCAAUUGCAAAGAAGAUACAGAGGAGAUGAAAGAGAAGCUGCAAAGUUGGAGGAGUGCAUUGACAGAAGCAGCCAAUAUAUCUGGAGAGCAUGUGAAGGAUGGGUAUGAGUCUGAGCAUACUAAGAAAAUCGUCAACAACAUAUUCAUGAGAUUGAAUUGUAGAAUGUUUGAUGUUGGUGCCAACUUAGUUGGUAUGGAUUCCCGUGUUACCGAGAUAAUUUGGCGGCUAUGUGUUGAUCAAUUGAAUGAUGUUCGCAUAAUUGGUAUAUGUGGAAUAGGCGGAAUGGGUAAGACGACUAUCGCCAAAGUUGUAUACAAUAAAUUUUCUCAUGAAUUUGAGUAUAUGAGCUUUCUUGAAAAUGUUAGAGAAGUUUGCAACACUAUGGGUUUGCAUCAUUUACAAAAUCAACUUCUUUGUGAUUUACUAGAGGUGGAGAGAAAUCAAAACAUAAGCAAUGUUGGGCAAGGAGCCAAUAUGAUAAAAAAUGUUCUCCGAUUUAAAAGAGUUUUUAUUGUUCUCGAUGACAUUGAUGAUUCAGAUCAAUUAGAAUAUUUACUCAGAAAUCGUGAUUGGCUUGGAAAAGGAAGCAGAGUCAUCAUUACAACUAGAAGUAAACAGUUGUUGCAAGAAAUGGAUGACGUAUAUGAGGUUGAGGAAUUAAAUUUUGAACAAGCUCGUGAGCUUUUUAGUCUCUAUGCUUUUAAACAAAAUCUUCCUAAACAAGACUUCAUCCACCUCUCGGAUCGCGUAGUCUACUAUUGUCAUGGUCUUCCAUUAGCUCUAAAAGUCCUCGGUUCUCUCUUGUUUAACAAGACAAUAAUCCAAUGGGAAAGUGAAUUGUGUAAAUUAGAAAGGGAACCUGAAGUGAAAAUACAAAAUGUGCUUAAAAUAAGCUUUGACGGAUUAGAUCAUACACAGAAGAAAAUAUUUCUUGAUAUUGCAUGUUUUUUUAAAGAAGAAGACAAAGAUUUUGUUUUAAGGAUAUUGGAUAGUUGUGAUUUAUAUGUAGAGAUAGGAAUAAAAGUCCUCUGUGAUAAGUGUCUUAUAUCUCUUUCCAAAAACAAGAUACUUAUGCAUGAUUUGAUACAAGAAAUGGGAUGGAACAUUAUUCGUAGUGAAUUUCCCGAUGAUCCUGGAAAAUGGAGCAGAUUGUGGGAUCCGAGUGAUGUGUAUCGUGCAUUUACAAUGAAAAAGGGGAUGAAAAAAGUUGAGGCGAUAUUCUUGGACUUGUCUAGAUCAAAACAACUGCAAUUUAGUACAAAGAUUUUUGCAAAGAUGAAACGACUUAGAUUGCUCAAGAUUUAUUGGAGAGAUUAUUGUGGUUCUAUGAAAAAGGAGUUUAAAGUUAUUCUUCCUGAAGAUUUUCAAUUUCCUUCACAUGAGUUGAGAUAUCUUCAUUGGGAAGGAUAUUCUUUGAAAUCAUUGCCUUCAAAUUUUCAUGGAGAGAACCUUGUUGAACUCAACAUGAUGGAUAGCAACAUAAAACAACUUUGGCAAAGAAAUAAGUGUUUGGAACAGUUAAAGAUCUUAAAUUUACUAAGAUCCAAGCAACUUACUGAAAUAUCGAACUUCUCAAAUAUGCCAAAUCUAGAGGAGUUAGAACUUGAGCGUUGUACAAGUUUGAAUGUUGUUGAUCCAUCUAUUGGAGUUCUAAAGAAGCUUACUUUGUUGAAUUUGAGUGGGUGUGAAAACCUUACAAGUUUACCAAGCAGCAUUCAAUACUUGGACUCUCUUGAAACUAUUUACUUGAAUAAUUGCUCAAACUUGGAGGAAUUUCCGGAGAUGAAGAGAAGUUCUAUGAAAGCUUUAUCUUAUCUUCACUUUGAUGGAUCUGCUAUUAAGGAAUUACCCUCCUCAAUAGAACAUCUCACUGGACUUAAGGAGUUAUAUAUGAAAGUGUGCAAAAACUUGAGGAGUCUUCCAAGUAGCAUUUGCAGGUUAAAGUCCCUUAGAAACCUCCAAGUCUUUGGUUGUUCAAAUCUAGAUACUUUUCCAGAAAUCAUGGAGGAUAUGAAAUACUUAGAAUUUCUUGAUUUAAGAGGAACAGGUAUAAAAGAGCUACCAUCAUCAAUGGAACAUCUUCAUAAUAUUGGUGAAUUGUUUCUGAGUGACUGCAAAAACUUGAGGAGUCUUCCAAGCAGCAUUUGUAGGUUUAAAUCUUUUCAACGGCUCAAUCUCAGUGGGUGCUCAAGCCUACAGAACUUUCCCGAAUUCAUGGAGGAUAUGGAAUACUUAGAUGUGCUUGAUUUGGAAGGAACAGCUAUAAAAGAACUACCAUCAUCAAUUCAAAAUCUGAAAAACCUCAGAAUGUUGUAUUUGAGCAAUUGCAAGAACCUUGUUACUCUUCCAGAUAGCAUUUAUGAUCUGAGAUCCCUUGAAUAUCUGAUACUCCCUGGUUGUUCAAACUUGGAGAAGUUUCCCAAGAAUCUAGAAGCCUUAUGCUCCUUAGUGGAACUAGAUUUGAGUCACUGCAAUCUAAUGGAAGGGUCAAUUCCCACUGAUAUCUGGGGCCUAUAUUCCUUGGAAAAAUUAAAUCUACGUGGAAACCAUAUGGUUAGCAUCCUUCCGGCAUCUCUCAACUUUGCAAGCUUCGUUACCUUGAUAUCAGUCACUGCAAGAUGCUCCAAGAAAUUCCAGAGCUUCCAUCAAGUCUACCAGAAAUACAUGCCCACGAUACGAAGCUGGAAAUGUUAUCAGGUCCAUCAUCUCUACUCUGGUCUUCCCUCCUCAAAUGGUUCAAACCAACAAGUAAUGAGCACUUGAAUUGCAAGAAAGGCAAGAUGAUUAUCAAUCCAGGAAAUGGUGGAAUUCCAGGGUGGGUAUUGCAUCAGGACAUUGGAAGCCAAUUAAGAAUAGAGCUUCCUUUGAAUUGGUACGAGGACAACCACUUUCUGGGAUUUGCUUUCUUCUCUCUUUAUCAUAAAGAGAAUCAUUUUGAGGCUUCAUGUCAUUUUGAUCUGAGAUUGCGCGGUGAUCCAGAUGAAGUUGUGGAUGACCUCUCUAUUUCUUCUUGGUGUAAAUGCCACGAGUUUAAUGGUGAUGCAUCCGAUGAAUUGUGGGUGACUCUCUAUCCUAAGAAUGCUAUUCCAAAUAAGUACCACCGCAAACAACCAUGGCACUUUCUGGCUGCGUUUGAUUUUGUUACUAGGAUUAAUGGUCAGGCUACUCAUACCAAUAUCAAGAGGUGCGGGGUUCAGCUGAUAUACACCCAUGAUUAUCUACACGAUAAUGUGCCUAUGUUGGUGGAUCAUCAAAGAGGCCAUGAUGAUGCCGGGGAAAACCAAGCAGAUGAUCAGGAACCACACCCUAAAAGAUUGAGAGCAUCCAGCACUGAUCUCAAGCUUUAAGCUCCAUUGUCAGGUGCACUUGCUAGCAAAGUCCUCUUUAUAUUCCACCAUCUCUCUAUUUUAGUUGUUCAUUCAAGCCCUCAUGGAAACUUAUUGGUAAGCCAUCUUCCUCCCCCUUCUUAAUUACUUUAAGAUAUGUGCGGACUAUAUAACACCAUACAAUUUUGACUAAGUAUUUAUCAUAAAUAUAAUAAUAUAUUGCCAAGUGGUUCGAAGGGGUUGAAAUUCUGUCAUGUUUCUUUUCUUUCUUUUCUAUUUUAUGAUAAAAUACAAAUCCUUUAAAAGGCCUUUUCACUACAUCCCGAAAGGACAAUGUUAAGUUUGUUAGGCCAACAAAAACUUUUAUAUAUAUAUCAUUUAUUGGGCUGGUGGAAGUCUUAAUGAAAAUACACGAAUGAAAGAACAAAAAAAUAAGGAUAAUUCAUGCAUAAAGGUACACAAAGUUUUACUGUGAUUCGAUCAACUAUGUCUACACCUAUAAAUGAGAGAUAACAUUCCACUAUAAAAUAAACAAAUAUUACAAAUAGCAAAAACAGAUGCAACAACUAGGUUACUAAACAUCCAUCGUUUUUUCAAUCUUUGUAUAUACAGUUUAAGCCGAGAGCACUCUUGCUUCAUUAGGUGUCUCUCACUCUUCCUCUCAUCUCUAUCUCCAUCUCAUAUCAUAACUUUUUUCCCCUCAUGACCUAAAAUAUUUAGAUAGAUAUUCCUACUAGGUUUCUUUAUUCUAUAAAGAAUUUUAUUACAAUCACCUAUAAACUUAGAAAAUAUUCUACAUAAUAUUCUUUUCACAACAAGGAAUAUAUAACAAUUAGGAAUUUGAGACACUUCUCAAUAUAGUUCAUCUUAAAUAUUAGUCAUUUUACAACUUUGAGUUUGGAAAUCCAAACCCUAAUGCCUAAAACUUGACUUCAUUUUUUUUUAAGAUUAGCUAAGCACUUAGUUUUGGAAACUCAUAUUUGGAAUAAAUUAUAAUUAAACUUAAAUAAUGAAGAACAUAUGCCUCCUAUAACUCAAAUUUGGAAUGCCUUCAAAGUGAAGCAUAUAUCUUGAGCUACUACAUAUAAGACAACAAAAAAAUUAAAACUAUUAAUUUUUCUAUAUCAAAACUUUUUUGUUUAAAGUCAUUGUCAUUGUCAUAUUUUUAUCAUCAAUUAUGGCAUGUAUAUUUCAAAUAUAUUGAAAUAUAAUUAAAUUACUCCCAAUAACUAUUUUGAAAUGUAUUCUCAUUUAGUUCUAUAAUAGAUCCAUCUUAUAUUAAUAUGAAUCCUUAUGGAAAUAUGGCUGAUCAUUUGGUUGAUGGUAGAAUAUUCUAAAAGUAAAAGAGUCUAUGGUGAUGUUGAACACAAUCGAAUUGGAUUUGGUAGCUUAUGAAAACAAGAAAACUUAUCAUUGAACCAUUUCAUAAAGUGAAGGACUUGUUCCUAGAAUGACAAUAGCAUCACGUGACAUUAUUUUUAGCUUCUUAUUUCUAUUUAUUGUUGAUUUUGACUUGCAUAUUUCAAGCAUAGAGAUUUUUCUUGUUUUUAAUCAUUUAAAAGCUCUACCUAGAAUGUCUCCAAAUGCAUGGUGUCUUUACAGUUGUAAUUGUAAGUUAUCUUCUUUUCUCCCUCAAGUCUAUAUAACAAAGGGAUUGGAGUUGCUUAAAUUCUUUACUAUACUUUCAAUAUAUUAUUAUUAUUAUUAUUAUUGUUGUUGUUGUUCCCUCAAGUCUAUAUAACAAAUGAUUAGAGUUGCUUAAAUUCUUUACUAUACUUUCAAUGUAUUAUCAUUAUUAUUAUUUAUUAUUAUUAUUAUUAUUAUUAUUAUUAUUAUUAUUAUUGUUAUUGUUGUUGUUGUUGUUGUUGUUGUUGUUGUUGUUGUUCCCUCAAGUCUAUAUAACAAAUGAUUGGAGUUGCUUAAAUUCUUUACUAUACUUUCAAUGUAUUAUCAUUAUUAUUAUUUUUUUUUUAUUAUUAUUAUUAUUAUUAUUAUUAUUAUUAUUAUUAUUAUUAUUAUUAUUAUUAUUAUUAUUAUUAUUAUUAUUAUUAUUAUUAUUAUUAUUAUUAUUGUUGUUGUUGUUGUUGUUGUUGUUGUUGUUGUUGUUGUUGUUGUUGUUGUUAUGCACUGCCAUUCUUGAAGCCAAAUUUGCCACCAUUUGGUAGAGUAAUCCCCACUGUGAUGUUGAUACGAUGCACUUAUUUUUUAACAGAGUGUACUUAUUUGUCAGCAUGAUGUAUUCGUGACUAGCAUCCUUUGAUAUAAAAUGAGAUGUGGCAAACUCCAUAUACACCUGGACAAGGAAAACUGAAAGAUCAUGUUAUAUCCAAGUAUUUUAGGUCAUAUGGAAUGAAUGUAAAAACUUUUCUAACAAGUUAUGGUUGAAAAGUCAAAAAAUGCUAACCGAAGAACAUGAGUCAAAGAAUUGGAAAGAAUUCAAAGAAUUAUAAUGAUGGUCAAAGAAGUGAGUUAAAUUUGUGUCAUGUCAGUUGUACUAAACAAGAUUUUUUAAGAAGUUAAGUCUUAACUACUAUUGGAAUUAAUAAUCUAGGUUUUUGGAAAAUUAAUUAAGUUUGAAAAAAUGUAGAUAUAUGAUUAGUACUAUUAGGAGAUAUAUUUUAAUGAGAAAUAAGAAAUUUAAUUUUUUUUUUUAAAUGAUAGUUUGGAAAAAAAAAUGUAUAUCAUAAUAAAAAUAAUUUGAGGAGAAUUAAAUAUUUUUAAGGAUAUGUAUAAAAAAUAGUAUGGAGAAGUUGUAAUAAUAAUAAUAAAAGGAGCCAAAAGUACUUGUGUGGAAGUCAUGGUGAAGAGUUAAAAAGAAAAAGAAGAGAAAAUGUCAAACAAAGAGAGAAAUGAGUUGGAUGACAGUAGAGAGAAAUGAGAUAAACAAAAAACAAAAAAAAGAAAUAGAAAAGAAAAGAGGGCUUGUACCAUAGGUGAUCAAAGGUUGUUGGAUAGAUCAAACGUAGUUCGUUGGGUGUGAUUUUUUAGGAGGAUAUUUUAUUUCACAUGGAGAAUUUUGCUACGGAGUCUAAUUUUAAAUUUAACGGUUGGAUUUUGGUAUUUGGUAGGAUGACUUAUCCUUAAAAUUUUUAUUUAAUAUAUUUAAAAAAAAAUUAUAGAUCUUGUUGUGAGAUAGAUCCGUUUAUAUUUGUGAUUCUUGCAUGUGAUUUAAUAUAUAAUUAUUGUUUAGAUUUUACUUCUUGAGGAUUUAUGAAUUUUUUGUUGAUGAAAAUAAUGAAAUGAUCAUUUAUUGAUGAUAAAAUUUAUGAUAAUUGAAAAAACAAUAAUAAUUAAAGGUUUUAUGAAAUGGAUUAAAAAAAAUAAAAUAAAAGAUGAAAAACAAGGUGCCAAAGUGGAUGAAUUAAGAAAAGAAUAAAAUUCUAGUGUGAAAGACACAAAAAUUUACCCUAAGAAAAUUUUGAAUGGGGAUUGUAUUUGAUUAUGGACACAUCAUAUGAUCAUGUAUUAUAUCUCUAUUUGUAUUUUUAUUUAAUUAUCAAAAUGUGUGCAUGUUGUAUAUUCAUGUUAAAAUAAAACAUUUGGAUUAAUGUUUGAAUGGUUAUUUAAUGUUUAAAUGUUUAUUGUAAUACACUUAACCCUUAAUGAUUACCCACUAACCUUUUGGGGUGUAAGACAUUCUAUUUUGAAAUGUGAAAAUGUUCAAUUUUUUCUUUUAAAAAUUUUUUAGAUGUAGAUAUUAUUCUUGAAGACUUACAGGAGGAUCAUGAAGGGUUCUAAAUGAGGUUUAUGAGCUACUUAAAAAUUUUAACAAUCACCUUUGUUAAACCUUUGAACUUAUACUAAUUUGGUGAAUUUAAGUAUAUGUAAUUUGAUUACUCUAGUAGGUUGUGAAUGAACUAUAGUAAUUUUUGUUUUA